UCUUCUUCUUCCUCCGCCAUCACCGUCUCCGCACUACGCAAAAACAGUUAUGCGCUACGCCGUGCUCGUAACAGGCCCCGCUGGCGCGGGCAAGUCGACUUUCUCCAACGCCCUCCUCACGCACCUCCACACCGCGAAACGCUCCGCGCACCUCGUCAACCUCGACCCUGCCGCGGAGGCCGAGUCGUUCGAGUACGAGCCGGUCAUCGACAUCAAGGACCUGAUCAGCCUAGAGGACGUCAUGGCCGAGCUCGGGUAUGGCCCGAACGGAGGGCUCGUGUAUUGCUUUGAAUACCUGCUGCAGAAUAUGGACUGGCUAGACGAAGAGCUUGGUGGGUACGAAGACGACUACCUGAUCAUCGACUGCCCCGGUCAGAUUGAGCUUUACACGCACCAUCCAUUCCUUCCCACCCUCGUAAAACACCUCAGCCGCGUGGGCAUGCGCGUAUGUGCAGCCUACCUCAUUGAAUCCCAAUUCAUGGAGGACAAAUACAAGUUCUUCAGUGGUGUGCUCUCUGCAAUGUCCGCGAUGGUGAACCUCGAGAUACCAUGGAUCAAUGUCAUGUCCAAGAUGGACCUUGUUACGAGUAGCGAGAACGAUGCAGCGAGUGGAAGGAAUGGUAUCAGGACAAGGAAGGACAUUUCGAGAUUCCUCGAUCCUGACCCGAUGCUGCUUGUAUCAGCGCCAGGGAGCCGGGAAGAGCGCACAGAGCGCAAUUCGCGCUUCCACGCACUAAACCAAGCGAUCGUCCAGCUCAUCGAAGACCACCCGCUCGUGAGCUUCCUUCCGCUUGACCUGACGAACCCAGACUCGAUCGAGACGGUGCUGAGCCACAUCGACUAUACGAUGCAGUACGGCGAAGACGAGGAGCCCAAGGAGCCUCACGACCUCGACGAGGGCGAUUUUGCGGACAUGGAGUAGCUGUGGUUCGUGGUAGAGUUCAUGCUCGGCAUUAUCGUUAGGCUGUCGCUCGCAGGCCCACUAUGCCCAGGAUAGCAGCCAAAAGUAUUUUAUGCCCUGCGCCAGUCCAGCUUGCUGCGCAGCCUUGUAUUGCGCAAGCGUAGCUAUUACUAUAGACAAAUGAUCGUGUGUCCGACCUCAAGUUGAGUAGCAAAUGUAAAAACAUGUAUUUAUUGGACACCGUAUAGGUACUUGUUUCGGGAUGUGGGAUUGCUCCAUGUAUGCUAUCUUGGUGCACGGAUGACAUUUUGAGCUCGAUG